AUGGCGCAUCCACCUCUUCUCUGGGCAACCUGUGACAGUGUUUUACCACCCUCAUUAGGUGAUGGUGUGGGUAAGCAGAUGCUAAUACAGCCUAAUCUGUUCCCAUUUUUUGGUGACUAAAAGGCUCCAUUUUUUUGGUACACUUCCCCUAUCUCCAUUAGGUUUGUGUUGGCCCGACCAUUUCCUUAGUAUGCCGAAUGUAUUUACAGUGUGUGAAAUGAGACAAGAAAUAUGUGCGGAUGUUUUUGUGGGUGGAAGCAUUGCCUCUCAAAAUUGUUGCAGGAUUACUGAAGCAUCUCCUGCUUCCCCCAUGUGCAACCCAGAGAUGUUUUUACCUUUUUCCAUUCCUCUGUUAUAUAAAUGAAUGAAAAUGGCAUUUCUGUGCACCCUUGAGAUGGUAGGUGGGUACCUGGAACAAGCAGAGCAUCAUACCCUGCUGACGGACAGGAUCGCUUCUUUUCCUGUUAUCCCAUUGUUUUGUUUUCCUGUUAUUACUUACAAGUCUUUCGUAUGCCUUGUCUCUCUCAUUGUGCAUUCAGGCUGGGAACACUGAGAUAAACCUGAAAAUGCUCUGCUUUGUUAUGUUGGCAUUUGUGACUUGUGGGUGGCAGGUUGUGUAAUGUGCUGGUUUGUAUCUGCUCAGUUACAGUGAUUAGGUAUCAAGUGACUGUGGUUAUUUUUGCUUUUAAGUGCAACGGAGAGCUAGAGUGGGCUCCUCCAAAAGACAAAUUGUGUUUGUUCCCUUUGAUUGUUGCUGACUGGCAGCAAUCCUUUAUGACUUGCCAUUUGUUUUGGACAGCGUCCUCCUUCUCCCAGUUCUUCUGGCUCUGUACCUAUUCUCUGAAAUGACGCAAUGGCCUCACACUGUGGAAUGCAAGAGCAUUGCUCUGGCUUAUUAUGCAGCUUGUGUAUGGGCCCUUGAAAUGCAUGCUCUAGUCUUAAAAAAGACAUAUGACGCUGUUAAUGUCCUUCUCUACAUUUAUGUUCUUUGGUGAAAGCAACUUCAGGAAGAACUUGUACCUUUGCUUGGCGGAUGAAAUUAAGAUGCCAACAUUAAAUGCAAGCGGCAGUGCAUGUUUGGUGAGCUGCCUGCUGUAAUUGAAGUGUGUACAUUAGAGGAAUGGGAGCUUAAUUGGUUGAGGGGGUGUAGUGGGGCAGUGGUAAUAAAAGCAGAGCAAACAGUUGACACAAUCUGAACAGAUUUAGAGAUAAAAAUGGGAAUAAAGAUAAGGGAGUAAGCCUGUAUUAAAAGAAAUUCUCAAGACACACCCUGUGGCGGUGCUAAUGUGAAACCCUUUGCAGUUCCGCACCCUGACCCAUGAUAACUGGCAGCAGGAGUGCACCUCGAUGGGGUUUUUGCAAUGCUGGGGUGAAACCAUGAGUCAAGAGAGACUGGAAAACCACAGUGCUAGACUUCAGGAAGGUGGGCUGCCUCUAGCUGGGGUCAGCUGUGAAGCUGGAAACGUGUUUUUAUUAGCCUUGGGGAUCCAUUGCACCACGAAGGUUUUUUGUCGCUGAAGGCUUACUGAGCAAGCCUUAAAAAUGGAAGACAAAUGGGUUCGUGCAAUUACCAACUGUCUUCUGGGCGCAGUGGGUUUAUGUGGGAAAACAUGGGCCGGUGAAGAUGGCUUUUGUCGCCAGCUGGAGUUGACUGCUCAGAUUUGGCAUCACUGGUCAUGACAGCAAUGCAGAACAGAGCUGUGGAGAGGAAGGCUGGCUUUAUGUCAUCCCUGUGGAGCAAUUAUCCGUUAAAGAAAUUGUUUCUACAUUUCCCACGGAGAAUUUAGUGUAUUUUUCCUAUAGCUCUCAGCAUUUUAUUUUGGCUAAACUGCUGUGGUGCUGCAGGGGAGGCUGUCAUUUGGGUUUCUCGUGCUCUUGUUCCUGUCUGCUGUUACAGGUGCUGGUCUUAGCAUGCACGGAGGUCUCUCAGCUUGAAGACGUGAACAUCGGGGUCACCCUUGAAGAGGACAAGUUAAUCCGAAGGGAACUGCUGAGAGUGAUGUCCACUGAGCACUAGUGCAAAGCUAGUUGCAGCAGGUAUGGAUGGGAAGAAAUACAGCGUGUGGAUGUUUUUGCCUCUUGUGUUUACCGUGUUUACAUCAGCUGGAUUAUGGAUAGUGUACUUUAUAGCAGUGGAGGAUAACAAAAUUAUCCCACUAAAUGUACCAGAUAGGACACCCGGUUCCAAAAGACCACCUUAUAUAAGUAUUGCAGGUGACGCGCCUCCCGCAAGCUGCGUGUUUAGCCAAGUCAUGAACAUGGCGGCAUUUCUAGUACUUGUUAUGGCUAUCCUGCGCUUCAUUCAGCUGAAGCCAAAGGUGCUAAACCCUUGGCUGAACGUCAGCGGCCUGGUGGCGUUAUGCUCAGCCUCUUUUGGGAUGACCCUACUCGGCAACUUCCAGCUUUCCAGCAAUGAGGAGAUCCACAACGUGGGCACAUCACUGACCUUUGGCUUUGGGACCUUGGCGUGCUGGAUCCAGUCUGCCCUCACCCUCAAGAUCAACCUGAAGAAUGAGGGACGGAAAGUCGGGAUUCCACGAGUCGCCCUGUCAGCCAGCAUCACCCUCUGUGUGGUGCUCUAUUUUAUCCUCAUGGUGCAGGGCAUUCACAUGCAUGCUUCCAGGAUCCAGUGGGGCCUGGUGAUGUGCUUUCUGUGCUUCUUAGGUACCUUCGCAGCGGAGUUCAGGCACUACAGAUUUGAAAUCGUUUGCUCUGAGUACCAGGAGAACUUUCUGAGCUUCUCCGAAAGCCUAUCGGAAGCCUCCGAGUACCAGACAGAUCAGGUGUAGCCUGUCCUCUGGUGGGGGGAGCGGGGUAGGUGUGGUCUCGUGGGUUAAACAUGACCUCAUUUACACUUCUUUGAUGAGUUUAUUUUCAUGUGCAAUCAUUAUCGUAUUGCCAAAGGCCUCUAAGGGUGGCUGUUGUGUUAGGAGCCAAAUAGGUGUCUGCUGGAAGAGGAGUGGAUCCUUCUCGGUGGCAGCAUGAGGGAGCACAAGCUGUUUAGUUUGUGCUACCAAUGACUCUUUCUGAGUGACUCUGUCACACUGUUCAAAACGCUCAACAGCCAGUCCUCAUGAUGCCCCUCCAGGACAGGGCACUCCUCAGCCUGUUCUGCAGAGGAAGAGAUGAAGGAAAUUGACUUCUCUAGACAGCAGGAUUCUUCAGGAGUCGCUGUUUCCCAUGUCAUCAGACUGCAACUUCUGUGAGUUUCUUGUGUUGUUUUCUUUGCUGCCAACUCGUGUAACUUGGUAGAGUGAGAAAGAAUGGCUGUUUCUUCUGGACUUGGAAUCGUGCAGUGGAAGACCCCAACCGACUGGCUUUUAUGGUGAGCAGGCAGGCGUUUUGUCCAGCCUGGAAGCUGGGUUUGGCAGAAGCUGCUGUGAUCAGGAAGCAAGACUUGGCCAGUGCUGCCGUAUAGCUGGGCAGACCGUCCUCCGGCCAGAGGAGAUGGCACAGUGAGGUGCUGAGCUUGGCUUCGUGUUUCACACUCAGUGGUGGGGACUGGUGGAAGUGAGGCACUGAAUUAAGAUGGGAAUGCCUGUGAGCUCUGAAGAUGACCCAGAAAAGGCUGCUUUUUGUAAGUGCAUAGUGCUUCUACCACAUAUCAUCUAUGGCAUUUCAAAAGCUUUUGGUUUUGUUUUUAUUCACCAAGAGGGAAAACAUUGUUAGCAACACUGGGUUCACCUGCAGUGAGGACAGAACCAUUGCAGGUGGUUCUGGGCAUAAGGUUUGGUUUUGCUCCUUCGUGCACUUAGAGCAAAAAGCAAGAGCUCAAGGCCCCUGUUUGAAAACCUGACUUUGGGAAGGCUGCAUUAUUGUCUGUACAGGGGAGCGAUCAGAGUUGCUUCUCAUGAACACGGCUCCUGUUUUCCACCGUGAGCCAGGCUCAGCUUAGGUCUGCAUCUUGUCUGCGCUGCAGGAAAAUAAGCAGAAAUUAAAAUGGUGACAGAAGGUGUUUGAAGGGGAACUCAUACCACACCAUGGCAUUUCCGACAGAGGGAGGAGGCACAAGGGCAUUCAGUCUUCUGCAAAGGCCAAAGGCCUCUCCUGAAAGGAGAGACAGUUGGGAAAAACUUGUGUCAAAACUAGUGUAAGUAGAAAGCUUUCAGCCAGCCCUUUAUCUUCUGAGGGCCAAAAUUUGUUCUCAUGCAGCUGUGUUGUAAAUCCAGAGCAUCUCCAGCCAACAGAGAGUUGUUGUUGCACUGC